CCUGGAGCUGUGACCCGGGGCAGCUAUAAGAGCACCCAGACUUCCGGACCCACUCUGGGCGGGUGCCACGUGAGGCUCGGCCCGGCUCCCCCUCCGGCGGGCCCUCCUCUUCCCUCCUCCCACCUGCCGCGCUCAGGGGCGCCCGGCACCAUGUCUCUGCUCAGCCCGGCCCUGCAGCCCCCGCAGGUGAAGGCCUAUCUGAGCCAGGGGGAGCGCUUCAUCAAGUGGGACGACGACACCGCGCUGGCCUCGCCGGUUAUCCUCCGUGUGGACCCCAAGGGCUAUUACUUAUACUGGACGCAUCAGAGCAAGGAGAUGGAGCUCCUGGAUAUCACCAGCAUCCGAGACACCCGUUUUGGAAAGUUUGCCAAGACACCCAAGAGCCAGAAGCUCCGCGACGUGUUCAACAUGGACUUCCCCGACAACCACUUCCUGCUGAAGGCGCUCACCGUGGUGUCGGGCCCCGACAUGGUGGAGCUCACCUUCCACAACUUCGUCUCUUACAAGGAGAACGUGGGGCAGGAUUGGGCUGAGGACCUGCUGGCCCUGGCCAAGCACCCGCUCACCUCCAACGCGCCCCGGAGCACCUUCCUGGACAAGAUCCUGGUGAAGCUGAAGAUGCAGGUGAACCCCGAGGGGAGGAUCCCCGUGAAGAAUUUUUUCCAGAUGUUUCCUGCGGACCGCAAGCGAGUGGAAGCUGCCCUCAGUGCCUGCCACCUCCCCAAGGGCAAGAACGACGCUAUCAACCCCGAGGACUUCCCGGAAUCCGUCUAUAAGAGCUUCCUCAUGAACCUCUGUCCCCGGCCGGAAAUCGACGAGAUCUUCACUUCCCACCAUGCCAAGGCCAAACCGUACAUGACCAAGGAGCACCUGGCCAAGUUCAUCAACCAGAAGCAGCGGGACGCGCGGCUCAACGCGCAGCUCUUCCCGCCGGCGCGGCCCGAGCAGGCGCAGGGCCUCAUCGACAAGUACGAGCCCAGCGGCAUCAACGUGCAGAGGGGCCAGCUGUCCCCCGAAGGCAUGGUGUGGUUCCUCUGCGGGCCCGAGAACAGCGCGCUGGCCCAGGACCCGCUCCUGCUGCACCAGGACAUGACGCAGCCGCUCAACCACUACUUCAUCAACUCCUCGCACAACACCUACCUCACGGCCGGCCAGUUCUCGGGCCUCUCCUCGGCCGAGAUGUACCGCCAGGUCCUGCUGGCCGGCUGCCGCUGCGUGGAGCUGGACUGCUGGAAGGGGAAGCCCCCCGACGAGGAGCCCCUCAUCACCCACGGCUUCACCAUGACCACCGACAUCCUGUUCAAGGACGCAGUGGAAGCCAUCGCGGAAAGCGCCUUCAAGACGUCCCCCUAUCCCGUCAUCCUGUCCUUCGAAAACCACGUGGACUCGCCCCGCCAACAGGCGAAGAUGGCCGAGUACUGCCGCGCCCUGUUUGGGGAUUCGCUGCUCACGGAGCCCCUAGAAAAGUUCCCACUGAGGCCGGGAGUCCCGCUGCCCAGUCCCGAGGACCUGCGUGGCAAGAUCCUCAUCAAGAAUAAGAAGAACCAGUGUCCCCCCAGCCAGGAGCCCGGUGGGGAGGCCGCGGGCGGCUCUCUGACCGGUGCUCCCUCUGGGGAGGACCGAGUGUGGGCUGCUGAGGAGGAGGAGGAGGAGGAGGAGGAGGAGGAGGAGGAGGAAGAGUCGGGAAGCCUGGAUGAGGAGGAGAUGAAGAAGAUGCAGUCAGAUGAGGGCACCGCGGGCCUGGAGGUGACGGCUUAUGAGGAGAUGUCCAGCCUCGUCAAUUACAUCCAGCCCACCAAGUUCGUCUCCUUUGAGCUCUCGGCCCAGAAGAACCGAAGUUACAUCAUCUCUUCCUUCACGGAGCUCAAGGCUUAUGACCUGCUGUCUAAGUCCUCCGUGCAGUUUGUAGACUACAACAAGCGGCAGAUGAGCCGUGUUUACCCCAAGGGCACACGCAUGGACUCCUCCAACUACAUGCCCCAGAUGUUCUGGAAUGCUGGGUGCCAGAUGGUGGCCCUCAACUUCCAGACCAUGGACCUGCCCAUGCAGCAGAACAUGGCGCUGUUCGAAUUCAACGGGCAGAGCGGCUACCUCCUCAAGCACGAGUUCAUGCGCCGGCCCGACAAGCAGUUCAACCCCUUCUCGGUGGACCGCAUCGACGUGGUGGUGGCCACCACCCUGUCCGUGACGGUGAUCUCUGGACAGUUCUUGUCAGAACGCAGCGUGCGCACCUACGUGGAGGUGGAGCUGUUUGGCCUUCCGGGGGACCCCAAGAGGCGCUACCGCACCAAGCUGUCCCCCAACACCAACUCCAUCAACCCUGUCUGGAAGGAGGAGCCCUUUGUCUUUGAGAAGAUCCUCAUGCCCGAGCUGGCCUCCCUCAGGGUGGCGGCUAUGGAGGAAGGCAACAAGUUUCUGGGCCACCGCAUCAUCCCCAUCAAGGCCUUGAACUGUGGAUAUCACCACCUGUGCCUGCGCAGCGAGAGCAACAUGGCCCUCACCAUGCCCGCGCUCUUCGUCUUCCUGGAGAUGAAGGACUACAUCCCCGACACCUGGGCAGACCUCACCGUGGCCCUCGCCAACCCCAUCAAGUACUUCAGUGCUCACGACAAGAAGGCCGCGAAGCUCAAGGAGGCCCCCGGAAGCCUGCCCGAGACACCCUUUCCGUCCGGGAGCCCCGGCGCCCGCCAGGCCAAUGGGGCGUCCGCCCUGGGCAGCAAUGGCUCAGCAGAGCCGCGGACGGCGGGCCCGGAGGAGCUGCGGGAGCUGAAGGCCAUGGCGAAGCUGCGGCGGCGGCAGGAGAAGGAGCUGCGGGAGCUGGAGCGGCGCGGGGCGCGGCGCAGGGAGGAGCUGCUGGAGCGCGGGGCGGCCCAGCUGGCGGAGCUGGGGCCGCGGGGCGCGGGCUGCGGGCUGCGGCCUGGGAAGGGCUCCCGCAAGAAGAGGACCCUGCCGGGUGAGGAGCCCGCGGCCGCCGAGGGCCUCCAGGACCCCCGGGUGCGGGAGCUGCGGGCCCGGCUGGAGCAGGAGCUGCAGCUGCAGGGCAGGGAGCAGCACCAGUGCAUCCUGAAGCGCAAGGAGCAGCACGUGGCGGAGCAAAUCGCCAAGAUGAUAGAGCUCGCCAGAGAGAGGCAGGCGGCUGAGCUGAAGGCCUUCAGGGAGACCUCGGAGACGGACACCAAGGAGAUGAAGAAAAAGCUGGAAGCCAGGAGGCUGGAGCGGGUCCAGGCCAUGGUGAAAGUCACCCCUGAUAAGAUGGCCCAGGAGAGGCUGAAGAGAGAGAUCAACAACUCCCACAUCCAGGAAGCCGUGCAGACCGUCAGGCAGAUGACGGAGACCCUGGAGCAGAGCCAGGAGAAGCUGGAGGAGAAGCAGGCGGCCUGCCUGGACCAAAUCCGGGCGAUGGAGAAGCAGUUCCAGCAGGAGGUCCAGCGGGAGUACGAGGCCAAGGUGAAGGGCCUGGAGGUGGAAGUGAAGGACCUGGUGAGAGCCCGCCUGAAGGUCAGCUUCCCCCCGGAGGCCGAGGCCGAGCCCCAGGCCCCCGCGGAGCCGGGCCCACCGGACCCACGCGCCGACAAGGCGGACACGCAGGAGAGCCGGCUCUGACCGUCCAGGCGGCGCCACCUCCGAGCUGCUCCCGGGAUCCGGGCUGGGGUCUCCGCCCUGCCCUCCUUCCUGAG